AUGAAUCCUCCCAAGAUGCCGGACGCGCUUUACUCGAAUGAAGAGUUGAUACAAUCUAUCAGAUUAGUUUCGGAAAAUACAUUCACUCAAAAUAUCCUGAUCAACAACGACAUUAGUAACACUAAUCAUCCGAUUGUUAUCGAACACGAUCUGACGACCAACUUUUUGGAUAACAAUCAAAAGACGGAAGGGUCAUCGCCCUAUGCGCCGGCGCCUCGCGUCAUCUUGGGGUCCGACGAUGUAACCUUACCUUGGGAUUUCAUGCCAACAAAUCUGGAUCCCGACCAAAUUCCGGCAGAAUAUUGCGACCUCUGCCAACAACUCUGGCCUUUCCGUCUUUCCCUUUCCAUCAACGAGCUCAUUUCUCCUUCGCAAGUGUCUCGUACGUUCCGACGAGACGAGUCGAUACCACGUCCGCAAAAUGCCUUUAUAAUUUAUCGCCGUAACCUGGUAGCGUCAUUGAAAAAUAGAGGAGGUGACAUUAAGUUUCAUGAUAUCAGCGACGAAGCCAGCGAAGCGUGGAGAAAGGAGAGGCAAGAAGUGAAGCAGUUCUUUAAAUGCUUGGCUGUCAUGGGGAAGAUAGUGCACAACAAAAAGUGGCCUGGUUAUAUUUACAAGCCAAAGAGAAAAGCAAAGGGACAGCGAGAUGGUGGAACUUACGUGAGUGGUGACGAAACGGAUGGUAACGGCGGCGAUGAAAGCGAGGAAAUUGAAUGUCUCAACGCAAUGGUCAACGAAUGUUGCAAUAUUAUGAGCGAUCACGAUAAAAAGGACGUGCUUUACAAGGCAUUGUCCAAACAAAUGAAGAGUUUGCGAAAGCGUCAGCAGAGCAAGCGUGCAAGUAAAUUAACCAAAAGAAAGAAGAAGAGAGUGAUUGUUAACAAGAAUAACAGCGUUGAUUAUGACACUGGUUGGAAACAACGUAACAAUAUCGAGAGCAUAGAGGGGAUGGAAAAUGGGGGAACCAGCGGGGAUGGAAGAAGCGCAGAUGAAUCGCAUGACAAUAUUGAGCUGAGCGGCAGCCAUUACGAUUGUUCGAUAACCGGAUUGAGUUGUGAUCCUGAUGAUACGGGCGUUGUCAAUGUUCUUGAUGGCGUACAAACGAAUGGUAUUGAAGAUUACGGGACAGCGCUGGAUCAGGCAUCAGCUUAUCCGUGGUUCUACUCGAUUCCUCCUUGGAGUGGAAAUGAAGGCGUUUCAGACCUGAUGUCCGAGAAUGUAUGUAACAGUGCUAGUGAACGUACUGAGGAAUGUGUAUCAACUGUGAAUGGGUAUAAUGGAAUGUGCAUUGGUCCUGAAUACACUACUAUGGUCGGAUGUGAUCUCUUAUGA